CAAACAGUGAAGGCAAUGGUCCUGGCAGAGUGUCCUGCUUUCGGAGGGAGACUUUUACACUGUACGAAAGCUAAGGGAAACACUCGUCGCUGAUGUGAACCAGAGCCCUCGUGCACUCGCCCUGGAUUAAAACGGAAACUUUUACGAUGGCUCUGUGGGUGAAAAAGUAGCAUUAGAAGCUAACCGCCGACGGACCUUCCACUGCAAAGCAACUCCGAGUAGAUGCACGGCCACUGCUGAAAAAUAUGCUCCAGCCGAGCCGCCUGAACCCCGGCUUCAGCAGCAGAUUCCCCGCGUUAUAACCAGUUUUGUGAGACAUUCUCCGGGCUUCUGUUUUUAUUUUUCCCUCCGCUCCUUUCCUAUAAAGUCUACUGUACGAGACCCACCUGCGAGAGAGCAUUAUGGCAGGGAAGCUGACAGCAGCGCAAGGAACAGGAAUACUGCUGGUGACAGCCAACGUCGGGUCAUUGUUCGAGGAUCCAGAAAAUCUACAGAAAACAUGGCUGAGGGAGUUUUACCAGACAAUACAGACACACAAGCCUCACUUCUUUGCAUUGCACUGUCAGGAGGUGGGGGGGAAGAACUAUGAGGCGUCCAUGUCCCACGUGGAUAGUUUUGUCAAAGAGCUGUUGUCCAGUGAUGUGAUGAAGGAGUACAACAGAGCCCGCGUCUACCUCGAUGAGAACUACAAAUCCCAGGAGCAUUUCACAGCUCUGGGAAGUUUCUACUUUAUCCACGAGUCGUUGAAAAACAUCCAGCAGUUUGAUUUCAAAGCCAAGAAAUUCAAGAAGGUCGUGGGGAAGGAAACGUACUCAGAGACACUAGAAAGCACCCCCUCGCUGGAGAAGGAGAAGUUUCCCCAGGACUACUUCCCUGAGUGCAAGUGGUCCAGAAAGGGAUUCAUCAGGACUCGAUGGGCCCUGGCAGACUGUGCCUUUGAUCUGGUCAACAUCCACCUUUUCCAUGAUGCCUCCAACCUGAUUGCGUGGGAGAAGAGCCCCUCUGUGUACUCCGGGACCAGGCAGAAGGCGCUGGGCUACGUCUUAGACAGGAUCACGGACCAGCGGCAUGAGAGGCUGCCAUAUUUCGUGUUCGGGGACUUUAACUUCAGGCUGGACUCCAAACAGGUCAUUGAGAGUCUUUGCUCCAGUACCACCCUGCAGACAGUCCGAGCCGCCGACACCAACGAGGUGGACAAGCUAAUAUUCAGAGAGAGUGACAAUGACCGGAAGGUUGUUCUUCAACUUGAAAAGAAGCUUUUUAAUUAUGUCAACCAGGACGUUUUCCGGGAAAACAAUGGGAGCCCACUUUUAGAGUAUGACAAAGAGCUGUCGGUGUACAAGGAUCGGCUGCAUGAGCUGGAGAUCUCCUUUCCACCCAGUUACCCGUACAGUGAGGACAGCAGCCAGGGGAAGCAGUACAUGAACACCCGAUGCCCCGCCUGGUGCGACCGGAUCCUGCUGUCUGCCUCUGCCAGGGACCUGGUCUUGAAGCCUGAAAACGAAGAGAAGUCUGUAGUCUAUGAUAACAUCGGGCCCAACGUCUGCAUGGGGGACCACAAGCCUGUCUUCCUGUCCUUCCGAAUAACAGCGGGGGCAGGGAAGUGUUGCCAAAGGGGGGAGAAGAUAUUCCGAGAAGCGCCUCUGUGAGAACACAAGAGAAACAAACAGGACACACACAUGCAUGCACACACAUGCACACACACACACACACACACACACACACACACUUUGCACAAGCAUACACUGAAGUUUUUCAGCAGUGCUGAGCAGUUGCAGUUGUCCUGACGCCUCAUCCUUACACCCUGCCGUUUUCUCUCCAUAAAACACUUGUUGAGAUGUGGACGAGCACCGAGGGCUCCAGACAGACACACAUCGCUGACCUCACUGUUGCCAUGCAACCCCAUUCCCCCCAAGAAGAAAAAAAAAGGACGGACGACUCUUUUCCAUGCCGCAGCCUCGUUGCCAAAACUCUAAUCUAAAUCAGUCCUACUACUUACUUUUAGACACCGUACUUGCCAUUUUUAGGUAUGCCUCUCUGUAUAGAGCUACUCUCACACAGUAUGUAAGGUGUUUUAAGUGCAAUGCAAAAACAAGUUGUAUAUCUAUAUUGUUAGGUUUAUUUGUACAUUGGACAGUAUAACAUAGAGUUGUUGAUGAUUUUAGUGCCGUUCUCUUUCUGACCAAACUUUGCGGUCCCUUUGUUGGAACAGAUAACCUUUCCGUUUAUUUCAACAAUUUAUAAAUAUAUAUAUAAAUAUAUACAUUUUUGUUUUUGAGUUGUUGUGUGCACAACACAUUGCCAUGCCUGACACAUCAGUUGAGUCUCAUUUUAUAUACUGUACUUUUUAAAGAGAUAAUUUAUAAUUCUUACCAAAAUGUUUAUGCUGAAGUGUGCAGAGAGUGACCUUUGAGUAGAGACUCUUCGUGAUUGAUCGCCUCCCAGAAUGUUUUAAGCAGUGCCAUAGACCAUGCAAGUAUAUAAGAUAUUGUUUCAUAUAUAGCUCUCACAUUAGUUCAUUAUUAUUCUUACUCUAACUUAUUUCUAUAAUAUUAUGGUUCUGAAUGUGAUAUUUUAGAUAGGCUUGGGUAUCCUUCAAAUGUUUUUUUGUGUGUCAUUUUUUUUGUUGUUACUGCAUUUGGUGCCAAGUAUCCUAAACCGAGAUGAAAUGUGUAAGAGUUCUAGAAUAAGUGGUAACGGUGUUGAUUAUGUCAUGUAAAAAAAGAGAGAAACUCUAACGCGGGAAGAGCAGGGAGCUUUUUAUUUGUUUCAGCCUUAUUUGCAGAUCAUUGAGCAUUAGGUUUCUUUUGUAUCGAUUUCAUUUACUACACUACAGAUUUCAGACUGUGAUUUAUUUUUCAUCUAAAUCACUGCAAGUGGAAAUGAUUUUGUGCCUGCCGCAGAAUUUAUGUUGUCUUGUGUGAUUUUGGUUUGUAGGCCCUGCUUGUUUUUGUCCCUGUGGGUGUUCUGUAGGAGUAAGCCGCAGUUUCUCUUCACUCCAUCUUAUAAAGCAGAUAGAGAUUUUAUUCUAUAGCCCCCUCCCCCCCCCCCUCCGGACGGCCUGCUGUAGGUGAUGCAGUUCUCAAGCAAUAAAAAAAUACCUUUAGAGCUCA